CUGAUAACAAGUAAUUUGGAAAAUAUUCUGUUGUGAUCCAAAGGUUUGCAUUGGCUAAUUUUCUGAAGUAAAUCACAAGGCCUUUCUUCCUAGCCUAUCUUACUCUGGAAGCUCCACUGAAACCUGUCCAUUAUGGGUGACCCUGCCGUUGUGUGAAAUACUGGUGGCAUAGCAACCACAAGCAUGAUAGCAACACCCAAGCCACCACAAUGCAACAAAUUGUCAGACAAGUGUGCCGUCCCUAGUAGUCACUGUUUAUCACUCUCUGACUUUGACACCAUUGUAUUCACUUAAAAUAUCUCUAAACCUAACACAAAUAUUGGAUAAAAUUUAGAAGUCAGUGAUGAAAAACCACACAAUAACAACCUUUAUCCUGCUGGGACUGACAGAUGACCCAAAACUUCAGAUUCCAAUUUUUAUUUUUCUAUUUCUUGCUUAUAUGUUGAGUAUAAGUGGAAAUCUGACCAUCAUAUCCCUCACUUUAGUGGACUCCCACCUCAAAACACCCAUGUACUUUUUCCUACAAAAUUUCGCCUCAUUAGAAAUUUCAUUCACAUCUGCUUGUAUUCCUAGAUAUUUGUACAACAUAGCAACAGGUGACAGAUCAAUUACUUAUCAUAUUUGUGUGAUUCAAGUAUUUUUUACUGAUGUCUUUGGAGUGACAGAAUUUUUCCUUCUGGCUAUCAUGUCCUAUGACCGCUACGUGGCCAUCUGCAAACCACUGCAUUACGUGACCAUCAUGAGCAGCAGAGUCUGCAAGACACUUGUCCUCUGCUGUUGGAUGGCUGGCUUACUGAUCAUAUUCCCACCACUUACUUUGUUCCAAACCUUGACAUUCUGUGACUCAAAUAUCAUUGAUUAUUUUUAUUGUGAUGCACCUCCUAUCCUGAAGAUUUCUUGCUCAGACACAUGGUUCAUAGAGCAAUUGGUUAUUGUCUGUGCUGUGCUCACUUUCAUUCUGACCCUUAUAUGUGUUGUUCUGUCCUACAUGUACAUUAUCGAGACCAUCCUAAGGUUCCCCUCUAGCCAACAAAGAAAAAGGGCCUUUUCCACCUGUUCUUCCCACAUGAUUGUGGUUUUCAUCACCUAUGGCAGCUGUAUCUUUAUCUAUGUCAAUCCUUCAGCAAAGCAAUCAGUGGCUAUUAAUAAAGGUGUGUCAGUGCUAAUGACAUCCAUUGCUCCCAUGUUGAACCCAUUCAUUUACACUCUGAGAAACAAACAAGUGAGACAAGCCUUCAGUGACUCCUUCAAAAGAAUUACAGUUGUCACAAAGAAGUAAGAGGAUGGUCAAGUCCAGGAAUAAAAUAUCAAGCUAAGAAUAAAUCAUGGCAUUCCAAAUCUGUUUGUCUCUCCUUGAUCUGUGUUCUAUUGAGGCUAACCUUCUGAAAUACUUAUCGCACCCAGAAAAAACAUCCACCACCACAUAAGUGCACUCCU